AUGGCUGACUCAAUUACCAUUCCCAGUUAUACCCUUUUCUAUUUACUCAUCUUUUCUUCUUACUACCUCCCCAUUUUGUCCAUUAAUGUCAUCGAUUUGUUAACGUCGUACCCCGAUCUCUCGGACUUCACGAACCUCUUGACAACAACAGCCGUCGCUGCCGAUCUGACCCAGCGCACCUCGGUCACGCUCCUCACGGUGCCCAACGCGUUCUUGCAUAGUUCCUCCCCCGAUCUCACGGCGGGACACCACCCUUCUAGUAACCUAGCCGACGUGAUUCGAUACCAUGUCCUCCUUGAGUACCUUUCUUUGUCCGACCUUCGCCACAUGCCGCCAUCUGGGAAACUCGUCACCACCCUGUUUCAGACAACCGGUCGUGCAGCGUCUAACUCCGGCACUGUCAAUAUCACGUUUAACCCUUCUUCAAACGCCGUUACUAUCUACACUCCUACAUCUAAUGCUACUCUCCUUGCCCUAAUUAGAACUCUUCCUUAUAAUAUCUCGAUUUUCUCCGUUAAUUCUCUUCUAGUUCCUUACAAUGUCGAUCUAAUGGCUUCUGAAACUCGCCCGCCUUUGGGGCUCAAUAUUACGAAAGCACUAAUUGAUGGGCACCAAUUCAAUGUGGCGGCAUCGAUGCUUCAAGCAUCUGGGGUUGUUUCUGAGUUUGAAGCCGACGAGACUGGUGCCGGAAUCACACUUUUCGUACCAACUGAUGCCGCAUUUGCCGAUCUGCCUUCAUCGGUGAAGCUCCAGUCUCUACCGGCGGACAAAAAAGCUGUGGUUUUGAGAUUCCACGUCUUGAAUUGUUACUACCCAUUAGGUUCUUUGGAGUCGAUAGUGAAUCCGGUUCAACCCACAUUGGCGACGGAGCAAAUUGGGGCUUCGAGUUUCACAUUAAAUAUCAGUCGGGUUAACGGGUCGGUGGGCAUUGAUACCGGGAUAGUGCAGGCGUCCGUGACACAAACGGUGUUUGAUCAGAAGCCGGUGGCGAUUUUUGGGGUAUCCAGAGUUUUGUUGCCCAGAGAAUUUUUUGGGAAGAAUCCAAUUGAAGUGAACAACCCAGUAACGGCGGGUGCUCAUCCACCGGAUAUUGCACUCUCACCCGUGGCCGGAAUGUACAGUCCAGCAGGUCAUGAUACAUCACCGGUUGGAAUGGAAAUAAUAUCAGCAGCUGAGAAAGUGGGAUUGCAAAGAUUAGUGUUGGCGAGAUGGCGAUGCAAAUCUUCUCUAACGGGCGAUGGUGCAAUCUCUAGCAGCGGCGGCACUCAAAUUUCAGAUCUCCAACAAUCUGGCAGUUCACAACAACUUCAACCUGAGCGAGCCAGUCAGUAG